AUGAAGAGCAGCGCAACUGUCAAAUGCUCAUCCUUUGCAUUGGCGUGGUGGGCAGCAAAGACGCUGGCAGCCUUUCAAGGCUGCCUUGGGUUGGUUCGCAAGUGCAACCAGUUGCAUGGUCUAACUGGAUUGCAGAGCUCCGGAGGACUGUGGAAGCUGCCAGGGGGUGGAACGGAGCGCAGCUGGGAUGCUGCCGUUGACAAGAUUGGGGCAAAGGGGACAAAUGAAAGCGUGCCUAGACUUGCAGACCUGCCGCAAUGCCAGGACAAGAUCUUGGCUCAUGAUAGCAAUGCGCAGAUGAGAGCAUUCCCGUUCCUGAGGAUGCUCUUUCUGUGCAGGCGGGAGCACGAGUUUGCAGUGAGAGACAAGGGCGCCUCCUUUGACAUUCUCUACCCGAGCAUCGGACGGGCGUCACUGUCCUCCUCCUCCUCCAGGCAAACGGCCCCGCUGGCAAAGCUCCUUGAAUUGCCCGCGUUCAUGGUCCAUGCUUGUCUGGGCAUGCUGCAGCGCAUCCAGUGGGACCUACUCAAUCAAGAGAGGGAUUGGGCACUGCGCUUUGAGGAAGAGACCACAACGGUCGAGCUCACGGUCGACAUUCGUAGCAAGCGCAUCUACUCGGUAGAGGACAAGGAUCAGCCCUGUCAAGGCUGUAUUGCAAAGCAAAAGACUUGCUUGCGGCCUACAAAAGAUUUCCCCUUGCUGUACGCUGGUUAUCAAUGCCUAGAGUGCCACAUAAGCAAGCGACCAUGCACGACCACUUCAGCAGACGGAACACUUUUUCAGUCAACAAAUCAGGAGUUUAAAAACGGCAAGCCCAUUGUCAUGUUAAAUUUGUGCAACAAGCUUGGGAAGACAGCAGACGAGCUGAGGGACGUGAAGGCUGCAAAUGCUGGUGCAGAGGAGGCUUCCAGGCAAGAGCUAGCCAAGGUGGCACUUUGUCAACACAAGUUGGCAGCACUGAUCAAUGUCAAUAGAGAGAGGAUUGUUGCGGGGCUACUGUUGCAGCAGAGUACAACUUGA